GUGGCUGCAGAGCUGUAUAACACACCACAGAGGGGGGCAAUGCAGUGGUUACAGGGAGCGUUUCUUCACUCCGAUGCUCCUCCUCUCUCCUCUCACGGUGCCAAAUCCUCCUGAAAACUCGCACUACCACUUUCCUCAGACAAGAGGCUUUUUGUGUCGGCAGAAAAACAACAUGGCAGACGCUGUUGUCCAAUCCGAAGGAAGAAGCGGCGGGAUUGUGAUUAACGAUGAUUGGACAGGCUACAGUUUAGACCUUUUCAGCUAUCCAGCUCACUACUCCGGAGAUUUAGACUGUGUCAUCAUUCCGCAUGGCGUGAUUAUGGACAGGACAGAACGUCUGGCUCGAAACAUCAUGGAUGACCUGGGGGACCAUGACAUCGUGGUGCUGUGUGUGCUGAAAGGAGGCUACCAGUUCUGUGCCGACCUGGUGGACAGGAUCAAGGCUCUUAGCCGAAACUCCAACCGCACAAUCCCCAUGAGAGUCCACUUCAUCCGUCUCAAGAGCUACCUGAAUGACCAGUCAACGGAGGAUCUUCACAUACUCGGAGCAGAAGAUUUGUCUUUUUUAGCUGGAAAGAACGUACUGAUUGUGGAGGCCAUUGUAGGUACCGGAAAGACAAUGAAGACUCUCCUGAAGCAUGUUGAAGCCUUCGGGCCCAAAAUGAUCAAAGUAGCAGGACUGCUGGUGAAGAGAGUACCACAUAACUCGGCAUGUCUUCCUGACUAUGUCGGCUUUGAGAUACCCAAUCGAUUUGUGGUUGGCUAUGCCCUAGACUACAAUGAGUAUUUUAGAGAUCUAAAUCAUAUCUGCGUGAUCAGCGAAGGUGGGAAGAAUAAAUACAAGAUUUAAAAAAAAGUAUUACAAAAGCGGCAACUGUCACACAGAUGUCAUCUAACAGCAAGCCUGAACAUUUUCCCUGAGAUGCCACUCACUCACAGCUGCUAUCGUGACAUUUGAUCUCAAUCACUGGGAAGCAGUUUUGUUAUAACAUUCCUACUAUGAGACAUUUAUCUGUUUUAACAAUAGAGACUGACAUUUAAUUGUUAAUUUUAGCAAAGCUGGAACACGCUUCAGCCUUGUUCUUUGUGUUUACAGAACUGAUUCACUUGGAAACUGUUUAAUGCCACUGUUUGCCUUUGUUAGUUUGACUCUAACACAAAAGACAUCUCAGUUCUACUUCUUACUACGUGUAUGCAAUGUAAAGACCUUGAUAAUCAUGACAAAUCUGUAUGAAUGUGAGUUUUUAAGUCAGUGUGUGAUGAGAUAAAGAAAAGGGAGUUGUUUUUAGGAGCAAGUUUGAGAUAGUAGUUUACAUUUCUUCACCUGUUCGUGGUCUGUUUGAUGUUCUCUUAAGUAGUUCUCCUGCUGUCACCUUUUUAAUGCUCAGGAGCAAACAAAGUAGUUCUGUAAACACUAAGUGUGCUAACUACCUCUUUCUGUUUUUUAGUGUUUGAGGUUUAGUGGGAUUGUCUUUUCUGUAUUUCCUUUUGUAAAUUAACAUAUCAGUAAAGUAUUUUUAACAGUU